AUGAUCUUCCGGCAGCUUUGCUGCCUCCUUUCUAUUGGGUUGGCAGCUGGACAAGAGCUGAAAAAUGUUGCUAUCACUGCAAUCGGCGAAGAUGGCCAGGCUGUUGUUGCGGGAAGUAAAUUGCAAGGCCUUGAUAUCACGUUCACGACCUACACUGCAGGGGCUACUACAGCCACCAUUGAGCUCCCUUCUGGCUUGAUCACUGCGACUGGAUCGGUGAACUUGACAUUUACAGCCCCUGGUGGCACGACAGUCACCUACACCACCACAACGGUGACGACAACAACAUACUUGUCUGAUGAGAGCGACGAGAAUAGCACCACCGCUGCCCCCACGCGUCGGAUGUCCACAUAUGACAGGUACUACUCUUCCCGAAGGUUGUCCGGCAGCUGCGUUGUGACUGGUGCUUCCAUCUCUGGGACGACUAUGACGCUGGACCUCGCCGGUAGUGGGCCAGGAGGUGCCUGCCAGUCAGGAGACACAGUUUCCACCUCGGUCACAGCAGAUUCUGGCGGGUCAGCCACCUUCAACAAUGCCCCCGCUGGCACCAUCAAUUUCCAGAUUUCAACAGACACGGAUUCUGUGGUCAUCCCCAUUUCGCUUUCCCCUGAUGGCAGCGGGGGCUUCACCGUGUCUGUGGUAGGGGAUCCCAUCACUUGGUAUGGAGGCAAGAAGAUCAAGUUCUGGUUCCCCAACUACAAGCUCAUGCCGUUGCUCAAAACGCCGGAGUUGACAGUUUGGGCCAGCACCUUCGAGGGUCCAUCCCAGGACUACCAGUGGUUUGAACGUUUCGCCGUUACAGCGGCAAAUGGAAACGAACUCGUUGACAUCAAAGUCCGCCAUAUGCACCCGGGCAUGAACAAGAGCCACUUCAGCCGAGGCAACUUCAGGCAGCUGGAUAUACGACUCCAAGGCUCCAAGCAGUUGCGUUCUCAUUCUCAGAAGCUCUUUGCGUCUGCUGAUGGGAAGGUGAAGAUUGGCGUUGGUGCUCGUGUCUACCACCCGCCACGUGUGCAUUUCUCCCCUUUGGUGGAGUUUGUCAUGGUCGAGACCGAAUCAAUAUCUUUCAUGGUUCAUGCCUCACACGCUGGGGCAGAAUUUCCGGACGACGUCACCAAGCAGGUCAAGUACACGCACUUGGACUGGAUCAACCUGGAGAUGGUGGGCGCUGAACACUUUGAAGGCAUUCUCCCACAGCUCUGGGGCACUAUUCCUCGCACACCGGAGGUGGAGGAGAUGUUGCUCGCCCCCAGCAAGCGCCAGCAACAGGUGGCAUGCGGAGAGCUCCCGCCUGGAAAUCGUGAAGAUCGCGUUUGCAGUCUGGCGAGCUUUUAA